GGAAACAAAUCAGCAGGAAGAGAGCUGGUGGAAGGGGGAAGCGGGGAAACUGUUCGCUCGCUCGGACAGCUGAUGUAAUGCAGUGUAAUGUGAAGUAAAGUAAAGUAAAUUAAUGGCGGCCGGUUGGCGUUGAGCUCAGAUGGCGGUGUGUGCCAGGCUGUGUGGCGUGGGCCAGUCGCGGCGGUGCAGGCGGAGACAGAGACACGGCCAGCGCGAGCAGGACAGCGACUCCGAGGUGGACAUGGACGAAGAAGAAGAAGAGGAGGAGAAGAUCGUCGGUAAAAGCAAAGCUCGGGCCCUCAGCGGCUGCUCCAGGAGCCGUGACGCGGUGUGUGACAGCGGCGCCUCGGCCAGUCGCAGCGCCGCGGGCUCCGGGGAUGAAGCAGACACGGCCUGCGCUGCAGCAGCGCCGCCUCCGCCGCGGUCUCUCCUGGAUUUACCGCCCGAGCUGCUAGUGGAGAUCUUCUCCUCCCUGCCCGGCACGGCGCUGCCCAGCCUGGCCCUGGUGUGUAAAACAUUCAGACAGAUCCUCAGCACCGAGACGAUCUGGAGAAGACGCUGUGCAGAAGAAUUUGGCAUGAAGGAUGACCUGCGUAAGAUGGAGGUGGCGGGGGUAUCCAGCCGGGAGCUUUAUGUCAAACGUGUGAACCCGAGGGUGAAGUCGGGGCGUUUUAUGAAGCUCCUGCCUGAUUAUGAGCACAUGGACUACUGGGACGUGUACAAACGCUUGCUCCAUCCAUACAGAUACAUUUUGGGUCUCUGGCAGCCAGACAUAGGCCCCUAUGGAGGUCUGCUAAAUGUAGUGGUGGACGGAUUGUUCAUCAUUGGCUGGAUGUAUCUGCCGCCCCACGAUCCACGUGUAGAGGAUCCCAUGCGGCGGCGUCCUCUUUUCCGCAUCCACAUGUGGGAACGUAACAAAGCCACAGUGGAGUGCAUGUACGGCCACAAGGGGCCUCACAAAGGGGACAUUCAGACAGUAAAAAAAGAUGAGUUCUCUACCAAGUGCAACCAAACAGAUCAUCAUCGAAUGCCAGGAGGAAGACAGGAGGAGUUCCGUACAUGGUUGGAAGAGGAAUGGGGACGGACGCUCGAGGAUAUUUUUCAUGAACACAUGCAGGAGUUGAUUCUCAUGAAGUUUAUCUACACCAGCCAGUAUGAUAAUUGCCUGACCUAUCGGCGGAUCUACUUGCCCCCGUGCCUCCCUUCAGACCUUCUGCAGCCGGGCCUCUUUAAAGGUACAUACGGCAGCCACGGCCUGGAGAUCAUUAUGCUGAGCUUCCACGGCUCUCGGGCCAAAGCCACUAAACUUACAGGUGACCCUAAUGUCCCAGCGGGUCAGCUGACCUUAGACAUAGACUUGAGUCGGCCAGUGCAGCUGCCUGACUUGGAGCACCAGCGAAACAUCGAGGAGCUUUCUCGCUUGGUAAUGGGAGUACACGAAGAGAUUCAGAGGGGUGCGCUGGGUAUAGAUGCCCCCACCGUGGGUAACUGUGGUGCUUCAGGGGCAGAAAGUUGUGAUGCUGCCUCUGGAUCUGGAGCUGAGGAUGCAGGGAGUGCUGGAGCUUCAAGCAGUCAGGGUGAACCUCAGCCGUUUGUCCUGCCUUUAGGGGUCAUGGCCCGCAAUGAGGUGUACCCACGAACAUGCAAGAUGUGUUUCUACGGAACAGGUCUGAUCGCGGGUCAUGGCUUCACGAGUCCGGAGCGCACCCCUGGCCUGUUCGUCCUAUUUGACGAUGACCGCUUCGGGUUCAUCUGGCUAGAGCUCAAGUCUUUCAGCCUGUACAGCCGCUUAACAGACAAGCUGGAACAUGCUCAGGCCCCCAGCAUGGAGCGCUUUGAGUCCAUGCUUCGCAACAUGCAGUCCUGGACAUCCUGAUAGGCAGCCUUUUCAGCCGAUUUACGCUCAUUUAGCCGAAAAGUCUUCCUGAACAAGUCUUUUAUCACAAAUCUAAAGUCUUUUUGCAUAAGUUCUAGGAACAUUUAAUCUUUAUUUUAAAUCCCUACUGAUCAUGUUUAAAGAUGUUUGAUGGAUUUUUUUUUUUUUUAAUGGAAGUUGCUGAGAUUCCAAUCGAAUACGAGCGAUUGUAUGUCACCACUCUGCCAUCUUGAAACCGCCAUGUUUAAUGCAGCCUGUAUGUUGGUCAUAGGGUGGCCAUUUCCAUAACACCAAAAAGGAGGAUGCUUUGCAAAAUUCAGUGAAGCCAAGACAAAAACAGAAAAAUAAUCCCAAACCCAUAACACAGAAUGAGACUCUGGUGCACUUACCAUGAAUGAUGUUUGACACUUUUGGCUUUUGUCAAGUUUCAAGUUUAUUUUUUAUAGCGCUUUUAGCAAUAGACAUUGUCGCAAAGCAGCUUUACAGAAUUUAAUGACUUUAAACAUGAAUUAAUUUGAUCCCUAAUCUAUCCCCAGUGAGCAAGCCUGUUGUCACCCCUUUUUGCAAUGGAUGAGUCUGUGCAGAUCUCUUGGUCAACUUUUACUCCACAGUCAACACUCCUGUUUGACUGUAUGAUAAACUUUACAAAGAUCCACAGCGGAGAUCUUGUCAUUUUAGGUGAUGAAGCUUCACGGAAAUAUGAUGCGUGAAGAGGCAGGCACCUGUGCUCUGACUGUUGUCUUUGUGCUUGUCUGUGCAGCAUGUCGCUCGAUUGCGCCUUUCCUUUUGCUGCUUGCGUCUGCAUCGCAACAACACAGCAUACAGUAAGCACGGAAGUCAUCCUUUCUGCUUUUUGUGAUGAAUUUGAUGAUCUUUUAUCCAUUCAAGAUGAAACGAAGUUUCUCUUUUAAGCAUUUUUGCUACAUUACAAGUAGGCUACCGGUAGACGUAGGCUAAACUGGGUCUGUAGCUGGCCAAACCGUCUCUGACCUGACACGAUGUGACCUCAAGCCACAUGACUAAUUUGGUUAUGUUCAGCUCUUGACCACUGAAAUUUCAAAUAUUUAUUUGAUCUAAAUCUUCAUCUAAAGAUUUGUUAGAUCAAAAGUCUUUACGGAGUCUGUAAUUCGUAUUAAUACCAUUUACUCAUUCUUUCUCUAAUGGCAUAUUAUAGAGAUGAUCUCAAAAGGAGGACAAAUGAGCAUCCGGCUCAAAGCUGCGCCAGUACACAGAUAUGUUAAGCUUAAAAGAAAAGAAAACCUAUUUUUAAAAUAGUUAUGAAGAUAGAUUAUGAUAUAAACUAAUGAUUCAUGUGAAUAAUUGAAAAUAAGGAGCUCACACAACUAAAAUAUCCAUCUCCAAAAGUCAAGUUUCUAUGCAGAAUGGACGAUUUCAUGGAUGCCGCCAUUGAAAAUAUUUUAACCAAUCAGAAAAUCCCCCUGAUGGUUUCCGGCAAUGUUCUGACGUCAUUUGAACGCAAGCCAGAAGCUCUGCAUAGCGAGUAAGACUUGAAGCUGCACCUGGCUGGAGAUUAUUUCAUUAAAAGUUUAUCUGAAAAAAAAACUGAAAGUCCAUUUCUUUAACAAAAAAAGUGGAGGGGGAAGAUAAUACUGAUGUCGCUGAUAAACAGCAAGGGAAUAGUGAACAGCUGAUGUACUCCUACAUGACUGAAUGGGGGAAGGCAACUUUUUAUAUUUAUAUCCCCGGUACAAGUAGUGCUGCCGUGACAGCCUCGUUCUGCAGACUGUAACCUUGCUAGACAACCUACAAACAGAUCUGCAUAUAAUCUGACUUACUGAAAUCUGUCCAAGAGGCAAGUGCGUGAGGUUUUUUUUUUUUUUUUUUUACACGUUCCUGGCAGCAUAAGCACUCGUUAGCACGCUUAGCAUGCUCUGGAUUCAUUCAUGAAAAACUUCAAGACGCCACCAGGCCAGCCUACCAUAAUUACUGUAGUAGACUGUCCAACCCCUGCGGCAACGCAGAAAGAGGGUAAACAAGCACUGCUUUACUAUACAGGAUUCAUGUGACUAUUACCUGAGGAUGCAACAAUGGCAGAAGUGAAAAAACUAGCCUGCAUAAACCCCCAAAGUACAAAAAGGUAAGAAGGUAAUGGAUAAAUGCCAUUUGCCGCACAGGGACAGACCUCUCAUGGGCUGAAUGGAACAGUUCUUCGGGUGCAAAAACAGCACAUUCGCAGCUUGUGUGCUCGGAACAUUUUGAAGAAAAUUGUUUCAUUCAAACAACUCAUCUGUGAAGAUUCUCAGUCAUCCAGGUCAUGGUAAACUGUGGGUGGUA